CCCCGGCGCCGUUCCGGAAGCGGAAGCGCGGCCGCGGUUCCCGCCGCGGUUGCCGAGCGGCGGCCGCUCCGUCCCGUCCCGCCCGCGGCCAUGAGCGCGGCCGGGCUCGUGUCCGCGCCGCCCGCAGCCCCGCCGGGGCCGCCCGCCCCCGCCAUGGCCCCCGCGCCCGACUACUACGAGGAGGAGGAGCUGGAGAGCGCCGAGGAGGAGGACGGCGAGCGGAGCGCCCGGGCCCGCGACUCCGACGAGGACACAGAGGAUGCCAGUGAAACAGACCUGGCAAAGCACGAGGAGGAGGACUUUGUAGAAAUGAAAGAACAGAUGUAUCAGGACAAGCUGGCAUCUCUGAAGAGGCAGUUGCAGCAAUUGCAGGAAGGUACUCUUCAGGAAUAUCAGAAAAGGAUGAAAAAGUUGGACCAGCAGUACAAAGAAAGGAUACGAAAUGCAGAACUGUUCCUGCAGCUGGAAACAGAUCAGGUGGAGAAAAAUUAUGUGAAGGAAAAGAAAGCAGCAGCAAAGGAAUUUGAAGAUAAGAAAAUUGAGCUUAAGGAAAAUCUGAUAGCGGAGUUGGAAGAGAAGAAGAAGAUGAUUGAGAAUGAAAAGCUAACCAUGGAAUUAACAGGAGAUUCAAUGGAAGUGAAGCCUAUUAUGACGAGGAAACUGAGACGGCGACCAAAUGAUCCCGUUCCUAUCCCAGACAAGAGGAGGAAACCUGCCCCUGCUCAGCUAAAUUACUUGUUGACUGAUGAGCAAAUAAUGGAAGACCUAAGAACGCUGAAUAAGCUUAAAUCACCCAAGAGACCAGCCUCCCCCUCCUCUCCCGAGCACCUCCCAGCCACACCAGCAGAGUCCCCAGCACAGCGAUUUGAAGCUCGGAUAGAAGAUGGCAAACUCUACUACGACAAGAGAUGGUACCACAAGAGCCAAGCUAUUUACCUGGAGUCUAAAGAGAACACCAAGAUCAGCUGUGUGAUCAGUUCUGUGGGCGCCAACGAGAUCUGGGUGAGGAAGACCAGCGACAGCACCAAGAUGAGGAUCUACCUGGGGCAGCUGCAGCGGGGCGUGUUCGUGAUCCGCCGGCGAUCGGCCACCUGACCCCGCUCUGCCCGCCCUCUCCUGGUUUUUAUCGGAUCACCAACCUCUGCCAGGGCCUCACAGGCUGCUCACUCCUCCCAGCAGCAGGGAACAGUCCUGGCCUCUGACGAGAGACACUUUGUGGCUGGCCACAUUAUCCCCAGUAGUCCUUAAACCUUUAGUGAUGCCCAAGCACUGCCCUGGACGAUUUCUGGAUUUUGCAUCAAGCUUCUGUACGCUCUCUUUGUAUUUGGGGUGACUGUUUGAGAAGACUUUGCAUCAUCCUCCUUUUCGUUGUUGUUUCGUGGUGCACAGAUGGGACUCGUGUGUCAAAAGCAUCAUCAUCAUGUUUCUGUUGGGAGUCAGACCAGUGGAAGAAGCUUUGCUUGUCGAGGCCUGAGGUUAUUCGUGCUUUUUGGCCUUGUUUUCCUGAAAGGCUCAGGAUUUUGGGCAAAAGAUGAAUCCUGCCAGGUUUAACAGCAGCUGAGAGAUGCCUCCAGAAUACCUAGUGCACAACGUCAGCUUUAUUGGAUGGACUGUUGAAAGACUGGAGGCUUUUUUAGGAUGGUGUGAACAGCUCAGAAACUGCUGCAAAUACAGUGAUUUUAAUGUAGCUCAGAGUCACGUGUGGUUAGUCAGAAGCUUCUGUUUCUCUUCACAUUAAAAACCCUUCAAUGAACAA